AUGCACUUGGAGAGCAAAGAUGACAGGCUGCCCUCUGCCACAGUGCUGGAGAUGGAGUCAUCCUUGAAGGGUGCUAGCUCACAUUCUGGCAUGGGGGAACAGGACCAAGCAGGACCACUGGGAGGCGGUCUGGCCAGGUGGAGUGGCUGGGCUGCUGUGGGCCAAGGUUUUGCCUCCUUUAGCAUGGAGGGCAGAUCUCACACUGAUUUACCACGUCUCUUCAGCUUCAGGUCUAAAGAUGCCGCCAUCACUGAAAGUACUCCUUUACUGAAGAAUUCUUCACAAGAACGAGGGCUACAGUGUACACCCAUCUGCCCUCCAAAACCUACCACGAUGGAGAAAUUGUGGGAACACAACUCCAGAGACUGGAUGCAGAGUCAGUUGCUGGGCAGUGUCAGGGACGGACUGUCUGGAACUCUUACCGCCAAGGAGAAAGGCAACCUGUCUGAUGGUGCUUCCGGCACAUCCCACUUGUGGACCCUGAGAAGCUGUAUGCGUGGGCUGACUGUCAUGAGCCUGUUCAUCUUCAUAGUGUUGUGUUCGAUUUUAUUUAGCCUGUUUCCUGAUCAAGGGAAGGUUUGGCAGCUGUUGGCUGUGUCACCAUUGGAAAGCUACUCUAUGAACCUCACUGGUGUCGUGGACUCCACACUGCUCCAGGUGGACUUGGCAGGGGCCCUGGUCGGGGAACUGAGCAGCCCAGAGCGAGAAGAGCGCAUUGUGGUCGAAGUCAUCCAAGCAGAUACUCCGAGUGGGAAACGGAGGCGGCCACAACAGGUUAACUAUAAUUGGACAGUAUUUUUAAAUCCAAGAAGAAAUGAGCACGUUGUCAUAAGCAGGACCUUUGAGAUACGGAGCAGAGAGGCCAUUGUGGUCACCAUCCGAGCUUCCCUCCUGCAGAACCAGGCAGUUCCUGUCUUGAUGACCCAUCACUACCUCCGUGCUGACGUGGAGACGCAAGUUGCAAUCGCUGCGGCCAUCCUUGUCGGGGUCUACAUGCUGAUUAUAUUUGAGGUCGUCCACAGAACCCUGGCCGCCAUGUUGGGCUCCCUGGCAGCAUUAGCAGCAUUGGCCUUGAUUGGUGAUAGACCUAGGCUGAGCCAGGUGGUGGAGUGGAUUGAUUUUGAGACUCUGGUCCUCCUGUUUGGCAUGAUGAUCUUAGUAGCCAUAUUUUCAGAAACUGGAUUUUUUGAUUAUUGUGCUUUAAAGGCCUAUCGGGUUUCCCGGGGAAGAGUGUGGCCCAUGAUCACCAUGCUGUGCCUCAUUGCUGCCAUCCUCUCUGCCUUCUUAGACAACGUCACCACCAUGCUGCUCUUCACUCCUGUGACAAUCAGAUUAUGUGAGGUGCUGAAUCUUGAUCCAAGACAAGUUCUGAUUGCUGAAGUGAUCUUCACAAACAUUGGAGGAGCUGCCACUGCCAUCGGGGACCCACCAAAUGUCAUUAUUGUUUCCAACCAGGAGUUGAGGAAGAUGGGCUUGGAGUUUGCAGGAUUCACUGCACACAUGUUUGUGGGGAUUUGCCUCGUCCUCUUUACUGCCUUUCCCUUCCUACGGCUCCUGUACUGGAACAAAAAGCUUUACAACAAGGAGCCCAGUGAUAUUGUGGAGUUGAAACAUGAAAUCCAUGUGUGGCGGCUGACUGCGCAGCGCAUCAAUCCAGCCAGCCGCGAGGAGACGUUAGUGCGCCACUUGUUGAUGGACAAGGUGCAGGCACUGGAGCGGCUGUUGGUCUGGAAGCUGCACACCUUCCACACACAAAUUUCACAGGAAGAUAACAAUUGGGAGACCAACAUCCAGGAGAUGCAAAAGAAGCACAGGAUAGCAGACAAGGCACUGCUCGCCAAAUGCUUGAUGGUGUUGGGAGUGGUUAUCAUCAUGUUCUUUCUCCAUUCACUUGUCCCUGGCAUUCAUCUUGAUCUUGGGUGGAUUGCUAUUAUGGGUGCCCUCUGGUUGCUCAUUUUAGCUGAUAAACAGGAUUUCGAGAUCAUUCUACACAGAGUGGAAUGGGCGACACUUCUGUUCUUUGCUGCACUGUUUGUUUUGAUGGAGGCACUGGCCCAUCUCCACUUAAUAGACUAUGUUGGAGAACAGACUGCUUUGUUAAUAAAGAUGGUCCCCCAGGACCGGCGCCUGGCCACAGCUAUCGUGCUAGUGGUCUGGGUCUCAGCCACAGCCUCAUCCUUGAUUGACAACAUCCCAUUCACCACCACCAUGAUUCCUGUGCUUCUGAACCUGAGCCACGACCCUGAGGUCAAUCUUCCUGUGCAACCUCUCAUGUAUUCACUAGCCCUUGGAGCCUGCCUAGGAGGCAAUGGAACCCUGAUUGGAGCAUCAGCCAAUGUUGUUUGUGCAGGCAUCGCUGAGCAGCAUGGAUAUGGAUUCUCCUUCAUGGAAUUUUCCAGGUUGGGGUUCCCAGUGAUGAUGGUGUCCUGCACAGUUGGGAUGUGCUAUCUCCUUAUUGUUCAUGUUGUGGUAGGGUGGAAUUAA